AGAGAAAGGUGUCACAAGACAGAAAGGUGUCAUUAGAGAGAAAGGUGUCACAAGACAGAAAGGUGUCACAAGACAGAAAGGUGUCAUUAGAGAGAAAGGUGUCACAAGACAGAAAGGUGUCAUUAGAGAGAAAGGUGUCACAAGACAGAAAGGUGUCAUUAGAGAGAAAGGUAUCACAAGACAGAAAGGUGUCAUUAGAGAGAAAGGUGUCACAAGACAGAAAGGUGUCACAAGACAGAAAGGUGUCACAAGACAGAAAGGUGUCAUUAGAGAGAAAGGUGUCACAAGACAGAAAGGUGUCACAAGACAGAAAGGUGUCAUUAGAGAGAAAGGUGUCACAAGACAGAAAGGUGUCAUUAGAGAGAAAGGUGUCACAAGACAGAAAGGUGUCAUUAGAGAGAAAGGUGUCACAAGACAGAAAGGUGUCAUUAGAGAGAAAGGUGUCACAAGACAUAAAGGUGUCAUUAGAGAGAAAGGUGUCACAAGACAGAAAGGUGUCAUUAGAGAGAAAGGUGUCACAAGACAGAAAGGUGUCACAAGACAGAAAGGUGUCACAAGACAGAAAGGUGUCACAAGACAGAAAGGUGUCACAAGACAGAAAGGUGUCAUUAGAGAGAAAGGUGUCACAAGACAGAAAGGUGUCACAAGACAGAAAGGUGUCAUUAGAGAGAAAGGUGUCACAAGACAGAAAGGUGUCAAGACAGAAAGGUGUCACAAGACAGAAAGGUGUCAUUAGAGAGAAAGGUGUCAUUAGAGAGAAAGGUGUCACAAGACAGAAAGGUGUCACAAGACAGAAAGGUGUCAUUAGAGAGAAAGGUGUCACAAGACAGAAAGGUGUCAUUAGAGAGAAAGGUGUCACAAGACAGAAAGGUGUCAUUAGAGAGAAAGGUGUCACAAGACAGAAAGGUGUCACAAGACAGAAAGGUGUCAUUAGAGAGAAAGGUGUCACAAGACAGAAAGGUGUCAUUAGAGAGAAAGGUGUCACAAGACAGAAAGGUGUCAUUCACAAGACAGAAAGAGAGAAAGGUGUCACAAGACAGAAAGGUGUCAUUAGAGAGAAAGGUGUCACAAGACAGAAAGGUGUCAUUAGAGAGAAAGGUGUCACAAGACAGAAAGGUGUCAUUAGAGAGAAAGGUGUCACAAGACAGAAAGGUGUCAUUAGAGAGAAAGGUGUCACAAGACAGAAAGGUGUCAUUAGAGAGAAAGGUGUCACAAGACAGAAAGGUGUCAUUAGAGAGAAAGGUGUCACAAGACAGAAAGGUGUCAUUAGAGAGAAAGGUGUCAUUAGAGAGAAAGGUGUCACAAGACAGAAAGGUGUCAUUAGAGAGAAAGGUGUCACAAGACAGAAAGGUGUCAUUAGAGAGAAAGGUGUCACAAGACAGAAAGGUGUCAUUAGAGAGAAAGGUGUCACAAGACAGAAAGGUGUCAUUAGAGAGAAAGGUGUCACAAGACAGAAAGGUGUCAUUAGAGAGAAAGGUGUCACAAGACAGAAAGGUGUCAUUAGAGAGAAAGGUGUCAUUAGAGAGAAAGGUGUCACAAGACAGAAAGGUGUCACAAGACAGAAAGGUGUCAUUAGAGAGAAAGGUGUCACAAGACAGAAAGGUGUCAUUAGAGAGAAAGGUGUCACAAGACAGAAAGGUGUCACAAGACAGAAAGGUGUCACAAGACAGAAAGGUGUCAUUAGAGAGAAAGGUGUCACAAGACAGAAAGGUGUCAUUAGAGAGAAAGGUGUCACAAGACAGAAAGGUGUCACAAGACAGAAAGGUGUCAUUAGAGAGAAAGGUGUUAGAGAGAAAGGUGUCACAAGACAGAAAGGUGUCAUUAGAGAGAAAGGUGUCACAAGACAGAAAGGUGUCAUUAGAAAGGUGUCACAAGACAGAAAGGUGUCAUUAGAGAGAAAGGUGUCACAAGACAGAAAGGUGUCAUUAGAGAGAAAGGUGUCACAAGACAGAAAGGUGUCAUUAGAGAGAAAGGUGUCACAAGACAGAAAGGUGUCAUUAGAGAGAAAGGUGUCACAAGACAGAAAGGUGUCAUUAGAGAGAAAGGUGUCACAAGACAGAAAGGUGUCAUUAGAAAGGUGUCACAAGACAGAAAGGUGUCAUUAG